AUGGCUUAUCACUAUGAUGUUCGGUAUCGUGAAACUGCUGAGCAUGGAAAUGCCGAUGCUUUAUCUCGUUUACCUGUUGGUGAAGAUAAAACUUUUGAUCAUGAAGAAUCCUAUUUCAACAUCAAUGAACUUAACACACCUAUCGACGCUGAAAUAAUUCGUCAGCAUGCCAAAAAUGACCCAAUUCUUCGCCGAGUUUAUUUUCUCGUUACAAACGGUUGGCCUGAAAAGCUAAUGCCUCAAGAUGCUGAUCUUCGAUCAUUUUUCAAUCAUCGCUUUGCUUUAAUACUAAACAACAAUUUGCUUCGCCUCCAGACGGAGUAUAACCGGGUUGUCAUUCCAGCCUCCCUUAAGCAGAAAGUUCUUAAACUUCUUCAUGAUGGUCAUUGGGGAAUAUCGAGAAUGAAGCAGCUAGCUCGACAACAUGUCUGGUGGACUAAUAUUGACAAAGACAUCGCACAAUUAACUGAAAAUUGUGAUGUGUGCAAAAUUGCAAAUCCUGGUCACGCACGUGAAUACGUAAGCUGGCCUGAAGCUGAUCGACCUUGGGAGAGAGUACAUAUCGACUUUGCUGGUCCAUUUUGUAAUUCAAUGUGGCUAAUUUGUGUCGACGCUUUCUCGCAAUUUCCGUUCGUUGUACAACUAUCUACAACAACAACGGUUGACACCAUAUCACCAUUGUCUUCUAUAUUUUCUCUGGAAGGUAUACCAGAAACCAUUGUAAGUGGCAAUGGUCCUCAAAUAACAGCUGAAGCAUUCAAACAUUUUUGCUCAAAACUUGGCAUCAAACAUAUAACAACAGCGCCGUUUCAUCCAGCCUCAAACGGGUUAGCCGAACGAUUCGUCAGAUCUUUUUAA